GAAAGGUUGUUGCUUGUCGGACCGAUGGAAGUGAAUGCCUGGACGGCUGACUUUUAUCCCUGUAUUUAGGCACACGGGGUGAUUCCCGGUGUCGGUAUGGAUGAGCAAAAGCGGCAAUACGGGAUGGGGUACUCUGGGCAAGAAGGUAGGGAAUCGACGGCUCGAGAAUUCCAACUGAGGGAUUGCACGUUCGAAGGAUGGGAACCAAGGCAGAUUAAGGGGGGGGUAGAGAUGCCCUUGCCUGCGGAAUAUGAAUGGAGGGGAGCGACGUGUGACUGGAUCGGGCUUGAGAUCGUACCGGAACUGUCAUACCUAUGGAUAGAAUGUAUCUGGAACCCCAUUAGGGAGGAGGAUGGAUGGGAAGAUAUCGCAAAAGGGAAAGUGGAGUCGGUAGGGACGGUCGUCCUGUCGGAGCAAGGGUGGCAUCUGUUCUGUACCACGCUUGCGGCGGGACAAAACCCGAUGUGGCUUCUGGAGGGAGCAGAAAUGAGGACUCAGAAGGCGGGUGAGAGGUUUGCCAAUAAGGGAUGGGAUGAAGUCCACUACAAGGUCGUGAUGGGGGGAUGGAAAGAGUUUAGACCACCCUGCUCGCGAAAGAGGAUCUGGGUCCCCGAGUUCAUAAUGGACUGGUUUGGGGGUUUUUACCACGUUGCGGAAGUGGCCGACACUAUGGAAAGGGUGCACAUAGACUACACGUGGUUUUCAGAGGAGUUUUACAAAACAUCGUUGAAGUACGGGCCUUUCCACGGCGAUAGAGUCUGGGAAGCCCUCAUCAUUUUGAAUCUGGACAGGUACGAUCAACUAGAAGUAGCCCCGGAAGUUAGGGAUGCCAUAAUCCGUCGGGAGGUAGCGGCGACACCGUGCUACGUGGAUGAUGUGUUCAAACUGUUUGAGGUACUGUGUAGGGUGUGUAUUACACCAGAGGGAAUAGAGGAUGCGGAGCCAAUUGACGCCUUCCUGGAAUACGAGGGAGGGACCCUCGUCGUGGAUAACGAGAUGGCAAACGCCGCGCCGACAACGAGUCAGUUGCUGAUCCAGACUCUGGAAAAGGGCGCGCCUGCGGUAGUGGCGGAACUCAGGGAAGGACCGGUCACCACGUUUAGCCACAAAGGGGAAAAGGAUGCGUGGGGAGCAGCGGUAAGACCCAAAGAGGAACUGAUGGCAAUGGUCGUUGAAGGGGGACGGGACGCUGUGAUGACCCUAAUAGAGACCUGGGCGCAAAGGGAGUGGCGGUCCCUAGUUAACCAGACUCAGGAGGAGCAGGAUGCUGAUCGGAAGGAACGAGAAUUCUUCCUUAUACAGAUGUAUGAGGGCAUUUUUAGAGAAAUCGGUUUGCUGCUUAUAGGAAACAAGCAGCCUAAGCAAGUCAGCCCCAAGGCAAGGGAGGAAGCCGAAAAGUACAUCCUGGACGCAAGGGAUAAUCUCAGUGGUUACGUGGAGGCAGUAACUCUUAAGAGAAAGACGGGGAAGGGAGUGGCCGAUUGGAUAGAGGACUUCUACCUAAGGCACCCCUUUGUGCGCAGGUUUAUAGUGGAUAAUGGGACGGAAUUUGUAAAUCACGAAGUGCUAAGCAGGCUCAAGACGUUGUGCGUACCUAUCAAGAUCAUUGAACCAUACCAUUCUGAGGCAAAUGCACCAGUAGAGAGGGGGCACCAGACCUUGAAAAACACGAUCGCUAAGUUGGCGGCGGAUGACCUAGCAAACUGGCCUCGAUACCUUAAGCAGGCGGUCUUCUCUGAGAACAUGACGCCAAAAAAGACGACGGGAUGCAUUCCGGUAGAACUCUGGUAUGGGAGGGAGAUCGAUUUCCCGAUGGAAGCUCUGGUUCCUACCUGGAACAGGCUAGAUGACAAUCCGCACAUGUCUACGGACGAACUAAUUGCGGCACGUUGCCAACAGGUCGUGAGAAAUGAGGAAGCCUUGGAGGAUGUGGUCAGGCGGGUAAUGGAUAGUCGAAUGAGGGACAAAGCAAGGUGGGAUCAGGUAAAGAAUAUCCAGAAGGAGCCGCUUCAAGUGGGAGAAAAGGUACUAGUCAGGAACUCGACACUUGAAAGCAGAGGGUCUGGACAGCUGGGAAAAAGGUUCAAAGGCCCCUACAGGGUCGCAAAGCGGGUGGGUCUGAACACUUUUGAACUUGAAGAUCUCGAUGGUACUAGGAUAAAAGGACCAUUUCUGGGAUAGAGGCUGGUCAGGUUUUUGAGCAGGGAUCCGGUGGAGCAAUGGUUACAGGAGGCUCAUGACACGGAAACGGGGGAAUUGACAACUUGAAAAGCAGGCAGCUGGCUAUGAGUCUAUACCGCCUUCCUGCGGAAGUAAUCAAGACUGCAGGGGUUGUUCUUUUGUGUCUUUUCCUGUGAAACAUGGGUAACUGCCUGGGCUGAGUAUGAAUGAGGUUGGGAGCAUGGGACAAUGUACCAUAGUUUUUGUGGGGCAACUCUAGGGACUGUCUACAUGAGGUACCUAUGCGCUCAGACAAUGUGUCAAGGGUUCUAAGGGAUAAUGAGACUACCAACUAUAUGGGGGCAAGCAAGAGUUCUGGGGAAGCCUGCAAAUCUGCAAAUGGGAGUGGGAGGGAAUGUGUGCGUAUGAGGGGAUGCGGUGACUGUUAUGUAUGGACAGGACCUGGGAAGAAGAAGAAAAGCAAGAAAAGACAAGAUGCAGUUUGGAAAUGAGAAUGACAGCAACGCUAUCAACCGACCAAAUGAACAGCAACCAACAAG